AUUACACAGAGAGGUUUGUGGCUGGCCGAAUGCUCAAAUGUGACUGCCUGGCUCGACUUUCUGUGCACCCAGUUUUAAAAUACUGUACGGGCAUUUGUGUUUUUGAAGUGAACUAUGUGUGGAGUAAUCUCAACAGAGUUUCCCAAUCUUACUGCUGGCAAUUUUGAGAACUCUCUGGCCUCUGAUGAUGUAUUGGCUCACUUCUUCAAUGAUUUCUUAAGUCUGCCGUCUUUCCCAGAGGCUUUGCUGUACAACCAGGAGACUGGACUGUUUGAGGUGGUGAGUGAGGCAGCUGAGUUUGUCUGCAGAAGAAUCAGAUCAGUCCUACACCGCAGCAAAUCACAACUCCUAACUGGUGACCCCACAGCCCUGGCCAGAAGCCCUCCGGUAGACAACAAUUACACUGUCUGUUGCCUGGACAGAGAGCAAGGAAUUCAGUGGAUCAUGAAAGAAAGAUUGCCUUUUUUCCUUCAAAGUGAUUGCUACAAUGAAUACAGACUAGCCAAGCUGUUGUUUCAGUGGGAUCCAAACCUCUGUAUCCAGAGGAGGAGAGGCAGUGCAGGUCGAACCACCCUGUCAGCUCCACAACUGCGUUCUUCCCCCCAAUUUCACAAGCAAAAUAACAACGCACUGAAGGACUUAACAUGCUCACAUUCUCAAGAGAACAUUUCAUCAAAACAAGGGUCUAUGAGGAUGCACAACGUGACAUUUCUACCCUCUGGCCAGAAGGAACAUAUCAAAACAAAAUGCAGUGAAUCAUCCAGAUGUUUCUCCAGCUGCUCUGAGCCAGAGAACCCAUGUACCUUUUCCUCUCUGUCCUCCUUGGGUUCCUCCUCCUCUAACCUUAAAACCCAUCAGCUCCAGAGCUCACAAACAGAGCUGACCCUCUACUUCACAGCGCCAUCAGCUGGCAACUCAGAGGAGCAACAUCUCAAGGAGUCCAGUGGCCAGAAUGAUGAGUCUUUUGAGCAAAAUCUGGAAUACCUGGCUGCUGAAGCGGUUCAACGGGUGCUUAACAAUGCACUGAACAUGAUGGAUAGUAAGAGCCAGGCAAACACUUCUGACUGUUUCAGCAAGUCAGGAGACCAGACACAUUGUACCAGCACAGACAGAUCCUGUGAAUGUAAAGUUUGCUGGCAUUCUGCUGAUGGUGGCAGAGAAAGGUUGGAGGGGACGAAAGAGAAAGUUCAAGAAGGCAAGAGGGGGAGUGGAGUGGAAGAAAAGACAGAAUGGUUUAAGAAGAAUAGGGUGGUGGGGAGUAGGGGCACAGACCAGGAAAAUGUCCAUGAUAUUUGUUGCCAUGGUACCUGUUGCCAUGGCAAUAGACGAGGCUUGGAUGAGUUCAAGGAGUUUCUGCGAGGAACGCCAGGAGAGAAGCUUCUUAAUCUCUGGAUGGAUAUAGAGAGACUGAAAGCUACACAGAACAGAGAGCGGAAGAACAGGUAUUUGGUCCUAAUGAGGAGCUGGUACCUGCUGAGCAGCAGCCAAAGCAGUCUAAAUGUGGAGCUGCUCUCCAGACUGGGACUGACUACCUCCCCCUGCUGGACGGAGGAGAAACUGUGCUCAGUUCAGCCCUUUCUCACUGAGUCCCUGCUCUACUACUGGGCUCCUCGGUUCUGGACGUCCCAGUGUGUUCAGGAAGACCGUGAUGACUCCCCUCCUCUAGGGCUGUGGACAGAGUGGUGUGUUAGCCCUCUGUUAGGCGUACAGCCCCACCAUGGCUCCAUGACCCUGCCUUCCCUCCGCCCUGACACGUGCCUGCCCCAGUCCCCCCAUACUGUCCAUACACAGUUAUAUUCUAGCAGAAGUCAGUUACUGAGCAGCAGAAGAAUGGAAAAGAUGUUACAGGCUCUUUGCGCUGACUCGUGUGCCGGCUUAUACUUCACAAACUUCUGUGAGCAAUCUGGAAACCAGCUGUGGGAGAAUGCAGUUAACCUUUGGACUGACCUGCAGCACUACCAUGAGCUGUUCUAUCAGGACGGACUGGACCACUACAGAGUACAGAGAGAGGCGCAGCUCCUUUACUCCACCUAUCUCUUCAGCUCUGCCAGGAGGAGCAUUGGUGUUGAUGAGGAGGUCCGAAGGGAGGUGUACGACCGCCUGAUGCCUGCUUUUGAAGAGCUGUUUGACAAGGUUGAGGAACACACGCUGAACAUCCUGCUGGAGCCGUGGACACUGCUGGUCAGCAGGGACAAAGGGUCCUUCCAGAAGGUGUGUGUGCAGGAGGAGGUGCGCUGCGUCGACAAUCAGGAUUACAGGGAACUCCAGAGUCUGUACGAGGAGUCAGAGUGCCGACUGAAACAGGUGGAGCAGUGUGGGUCCAUGCUAUUUCACUCUCCUACUACAGCUUCGACUCCCUUCUCAAAGGGCCCCUGGGCGCCUGACUCUUGGUCCAAAGUGUCUCCAAAUUACCAAGGAUACCGUCUAGGUUCCUUACUUCGUCACCGCCACGAGAUCGGGCACUUUAUGUCCUUCCUACAGAAUCAGGACGCCAGUAUCCAUCUGACGUGCUGGCUGGAUCUGGAGCAGUACAGGAGGACUCCUCAGAAGGACAAAGCUGUCAGACAAGAGCGGUCGUCUCAUAUUGCAACCAAAUACCUCAACAGGAAGUACUUCUUUAGUUCUGACAGUCCCGCCACAACAGAACAGCAGAAUGAUAUAUUGUGUCUGGCAGGUGGACUGGAGCGUCUGAAGCUGCAAUGUCUCUCGAACCCAGUUGUUGUGGAGAUCCAGGACAUCGUCAGGAGUCACAUUGAGAAAGAAUGGCUGCCUCUGUUCCUGUCCACAGCAGAGUUCACAGAGCGACAGAAAGACCGACCAAAGCCCCAAGCAGCAGACAGGCUCUCGCAGCACGUCUACCGUCGACGCAGAACGAGGAGAGAAGCCUGGAAGGCAGAGGGCCUGUGGAUGAGUUCCUCCAAAGAGAUCCUGCUGUUUCGACAGAUCCUACUCAACCCCGUCACCUGUAUGCAGUUCCAGCACUUUGUCUCUCUGAAGGGAGACUUUCUAGAAAAUGACGUGCUCUUCUGGCUGGAGGUGCAGAGAUACAAGGACCUCUGUCAUUCCCACAGUGACGAGGCCACCAUCCAGCAGAAGAUCUCCACCAUCAUUAACUGUUUUAUUCACUCCUCAAUGCCCCCCGCCCUGCAGAUAGACAUCCCUCCUGAACAGGCCCAGCACAUUCUGGAGAAACGCCACGAGCUGGGCCCUUACAUCUUCAGAGAGGCACAGAUGUUAGUGUUCAGUGAAUUGCUGAAGUUUUGGCCUGAGUUUCAAGAGCUGAGCAGCAGCAUCCAAGAGGAGCAACUCCUUCCUCUACUGCAGGAGAAACGAGUCAAACACCGAGCCAGAGUACGGAGACAGAGGAGAAAAGAGGAGGAGGAGGAAGAAGAUGACGAGAGGAGGAGAGCUCAGGAAGAGCUGGAGAGGCCAGAGUCCAGUUUUGGAGAGGAGGAAGAGACAGAUGACGAAGAUGAAGAACAGGAGAGAAGAAGUGAAAAAAAGCAGUCGAGGACACAGAGCAGAGUGCAGCUGACUCCCACACAGCCGUUGUCGUGGUCCUACUCCAAGUACAUGGCAGCUCUGAAGAGAGAGGAGGUGCUGCUGAGGAGACAGAGUCAGCUGGAAGCCUCAUUCUCUACAGCUUCAGACUCCUCUGACUGCAGUGUCAAGUCAGCAGGCAGUAAACACAGCCACCAGCAGUCCUCACGUCGCUCCUCCCGAACGGAGAGUAAACAGUGUAACCGAUAUAACAGGGGUGUAAGAGCCUGCGACAUGAAAUGAAACCAAAGUGUAAGAACUGACUUCACGCAGCGCCACUGACGCCGUUAUCGGAGCAUGAUGAGUGAAAACUGAGAGCAGAGCUGCUACUGAUCUGUUCUGGGCUAACAUAUGAUGUAAGAAUAUUUUUUUAAACCCUGUGUGACAAACAU